AUGUCUUCUCACCAUGCGCACGAUCGCGACGCCGACCUGGACGGCCAGCACCCCGACCCACGAAACCCCUACGCGUCGAGUACGAGAUGGCGCCAUGAGGAAUCAAGCCAAUUUCGCAAGCAUGCGGGUCAAACGCUCCAGCCAAGGGCCCCCGAUGGAAAGAGCGGGACCCAUGAUCUGGCGAGCUUUCUGCACUCUACCAGGGUCCCCUCCGACGAUGGCACAAAAGACGGCGCCAGCCCGCCCGGCUCUGCUGUCCCGGGCAAGACAUACACACCCAUCAUGAUCGACGGCAACGAGGCCGCAGCUGCGGGCGAGCCGCAAAACGCCAUCGACGCUGAUGUCGCGAACGCCGUGCCCCAGGACGGGAAGACCAUCGCGUGCGGACCUCUGCUAAACUACAGGCGCACCGAGGGGAACACUUGGAUCGGUAGCGUCCUGGUCGUUACCAAGGGCGGCGGCAAGACCCAGGAAUUCGUGCCAACUUUGGUGCUGCGGAGGGUCGGUGCGGCGCAGAGGUCGCAAGGCGCUCUCCCCGGCUCUGGGCACAACGGGGAGACCAAUGGACAUGUGAACGGUGCGGACGGCGCGACAGGGGCGACGGAGACGCAGGGAAUCUGUCUGUACUCCGAUAUCCGCAACACAUUCUGGCGGUUCGACCUCCGCGCCGAGAUGGAGGCGACCGAGGUCAAGUGGGAAUACACCGUUCCUGGCAUGCGCUUCGCCAGCAAGACGAAGCCGCAGGCGAACAACUUCUACGUGCCUGCCGUCACGGAGUCCAUGCGGAUCAUGUUCCACUCUUGCAACGGUUUCUCCGUCGGAACCGACGAGGACGCCUGGAGUGGUCCUGCCCUCUGGAACGAUGUCAACAGGCGUCAUGCCGAAGCGCCCUUCCAUGUGAUGAUCGGUGGUGGUGACCAGAUCUACAAUGACGGCAUCCGGGUUAAUGGCCCUCUCCGACCGUGGACAGACAUCGGCAAUCCCAAGAAGCGCCGCGACUAUCCAUUUUCCGAGCAGCUACGUUCCGAAUGCGACGACUACUAUCUCAAUAACUACAUCCGUUGGUACAGUACGGAGCCGUUCGCUACUGCAAAUGGUCAGAUCCCCCAGGUCAAUAUCUGGGACGAUCAUGAUAUCAUCGACGGAUUCGGUUCCUACGUCAACGAGUUCAUGAAGUGUGACGUCUUCCGCGGUAUCGGGGGUUGUGCCCACAAGUACUACAUGCUGUUCCAACAUCACCUGCCACCGCCGCCAUCUACCUAUACCUCGGAUGCGCCUCAGACAGUGACCGAGCCCGGAGAUGGGCAAGCGACCGGUAUCGAUGGGACCCAGCUCGUUGACACAUACGUCGCCGAGCCUAUCCGUGAGGCCAGCUAUAUUGUUGGGCCCAAGCCCGGGCCGUACGUGGCUGAGCACUCUCACAACAUCUUCGCCAAGCUGGGCGCAAGGAUAGCGCUCGUGGGCAUUGACGCGCGUACCGAGCGCACCCGGCAUCAGGUCAACUAUCCGGAGACGUACGAUUUGAUCUUCGGGCGGCUGAGCCAAGAGCUGCAGGACGCGCAAGCUGCGGGCACGCCCUUCAGGCACCUGAUAUUGCUCUUGGGUAUCCCAAUUGCGUACCCUCGGCUCACCUGGCUUGAGAAUGUCUUCAGUAGCCCUAUUAUGGGCCCCAUCAAAUUCGCCAACCGGAGAUUUGGGCUAGGCGGUGGCCUCUUCAACCACUUUGACGGAUCUGUCGAUCUCUUGGACGACUUGGACGAUCAUUACACUGCUCGAACUCAUAAGAAAGAGCGAAAUGGAAUGGUCGAGCGAUUCCAAGAGAUAUGCAAACAAUUCUCUGUGCGCGUAACCAUCCUCGGUGGAGAUGUUCAUCUGGCAGCUCUUGGCCGCUUCUACUCCAACCCUUCGCUCAACAUCCCUUGCGAGAACGACCAUCGCUACAUGGCAAACGUCGUUUCAUCCGCGAUCGUCAACAAGCCCCCACCGCAGGCUGUAGCGAACCUACUCGCCCGCCGCAACAAGAUUCACCACCUCGACCACGAGACCGACGAGACGCUCCUCAAGCUCUUCGACAAGGACCCCGGCGACUCCACCAAGACAGCCAACCACAACCAAGUGACCAUGCCAAGCCGCAACUUCGCCAUGCUCACCGAGAACUCGCCAAACAACCCGCCAAGGCAACGGCCCACGACUGCAGCCAACAGCGGGACCGAGCAGGCCAACGGCAACGAGGCCGCGUCCGUGAGCGCCGUGAGUGGGCGCGUCUCGGUCAAGUCCAAGGACGCCCACCUGCCCAUCCAUUCCGGCGAGGUCGACUGCGGCACGAAGCACAGGGCCGCGUCGGCGCAUGACCACGGCCAGGAGAACGACGGCAGUCUGGAUAUCUGCAUCCGCGUGGAGGUCGACCAGCAUGAUCGCGAGGGCAGGACCGAGUCCUACGGGCUGACGGUGCCUGCUUUGACUGUGACGGCCUGA